AUGGCGGAUGGAACUGGGCACUCGCGUUAUGUGAAGCUGACGAAAGAUCAAGCGCCUGUGGAUGACAUUAAGCCUGGGGAGCUCAAUCAGCCCAUCGAAGUUCCUCAGUUGAAUGUUCACAGGUGUAACGAAUGUGGACAACCUUUACCUGAAAGCUAUCAGCCCCCUGCAGAUGAACCUUGGACAACUGGAAUUUUUGGCUGUGCCGAGGAUAGAGAAAGUUGCUUGUCAGGGCUCUUUUGUCCAUGUGUUCUGUUUGGGCAUAAUGUUGAAAGCUUAAGAGACGAUAUCCCUUGGACGAGACCAUGCAUUUGUCAUGCCAUUUUUAUUGAAGGUGGCAUCGCUCUGGCAGCAGGAACUGCAAUCUUCUAUGGGGUUGACCCAAAGACUUCGUUCCUUAUUUGUGAGGGUCUGUUAUUUUCUUGGUGGAUGUGUGGGGUAUACACAGGACUUGUUCGCCAAUCCUUACAGAAAAAAUAUCAUCUGAAGAACUCGCCAUGUGACCCGUGCUUGACCCACUGCUGCUUACACUGGUGUGCCUUGUGCCAGGAGCACAGGGAGAUGAAGGGCCGCCUAUCGGACGACGCUGUGAUGCCAAUGACCGUCGUCAACCCUCCCCCUGUUCAACAAAUGAAGCCUGCUGAUGACAACGACCAGGACUCUGCUGCACCAUCCUCUGCUGACAACAACGGGCAUACCAAUAUGGAAAUGCAGGCAUUGUAA